UUAUAUGAAGUAAAUGUAACAUUCAGUCAACGUUAUUUUGUGCAAUUUGUGUGCGUCGUCUCGCUACUGCGCUAGUAGAGCAGCUAAAACGCUAGCAUCGAAGCCGAGCUGAGUGAGCAGCCAAACUCCCCUCGGAAAAGUUCGAGUUUAACUUUUGUUUGAGUGUCGGCUUGCGAGCACACAGACAACAGAGUGGAUUCGAUCUAUUAAAAAAAGUUAUACCAUGACGCAGGUAUUUCGGCAUGUGUUUUGGUUAGUUUUCUCCCAUUUCAUCUCAAUGAAAUGCGGAUGCAAAAAAUUGCUCCCCGUUGGGAGAAGUCUAAUUUCGAUGUGGACUCAUUUACGUCUACAGUUGGUGAAAAAUGACAUUGGCAAAUUGUUGACUGUGAGAGUGAGCAACCGUUCAUACAGCGAGUGGUAAUUUAACUUGAAUUUUAGUCAAUUUCCCACCAGGCGGACAUUUGCCCGGUGCUGCGUUCAGGUACUUAACUGGACACGGCUGGCAGGCCGCCUUGCCCCCAAAGCUAUGCCAGGAUGGUGGAGUGUCAGCAUCUGUUUUGGAUCAUUUCUCCCAUUUCAUCUCAGUGAAAUGAGGAUGCUAAAAGUUGUUCCCCGUUGGAAGAAGUCUGUGUGAUUGGUUGAUCUGUUACUGUUGAUCAUAUUUUCAUACUGCUGUCUGAGAGGGGACUCCGGUCCGGUGCUGCGUUCAGGGACUUAACCGGCCAUGGCUAGCAGACUGAGCUUCGCAAACAUCACCGCCUUGGCCCCCAUGGUGCGGGUGGGCACGCUGCCCAUGCGGUUGCUGGCGCUGGACUACGGAGCUGACGUGGUCUACUGCGAGGAGCUGAUUGACAUCAAGAUGGCUCAGUGCCGCAGGGUGGAGAACGAGGUUCUGCAGACGGUGGAUUUUGUGGCUCCGGAUGAUCGCGUGAUGUUCAGGACGUGCGAGAAGGAGAAGCAGCGGGUCGUCUUCCAGAUGGGCACCGCUGACCCGGACCGAGCCCUCGCUGUGGCCCGACUGGUGGAAAAGGACGUGGCGGCCAUCGACGUGAACAUGGGCUGUCCCAAAGAAUAUUCCACCAAGGGCGGCAUGGGCGCGGCUCUCCUGUCCGAUCCCGACAAGAUCGAGGCCAUCCUCAGGAAGCUGGUGAGCGGAGUUUCUGUGCCCGUCACCUGUAAGAUCAGGAUACUGCCCUCGCUGGAGGACACGCUGACUCUGGCGCGGAGGAUCGAGAAGACGGGCGUGGCCGCCGUCGCCGUCCACGGCAGGUUCAAGGACGAGCGUCCCAGGCAUCCGGUCCACUGCGACUACAUCGGCGCCGUCGCUCGGGCCGUGGCCGUCCCAGUCAUCGCCAACGGGGGCUCCCUGGACCUGGUCAAGACCCACGGCGACAUACAGGCCUUCAGGGUGGCCGCGGGCGCCUCGUCCGUCAUGUUGGCGCGAGCCGCCAUGUGGAACCCGUCCGUGUUUCGCAGCGCGGGCCCGCUUCCUCUUCACGACGUCAUGAUCCAGUACCUCAAAUAUGCGCUGCGCUACGACAAUCACGCCUUCAACAGUAAGUACUGCUUGUGUCAGAUGCUGCGAGACAAAGUGGAGUCGGCGCUGGGCAAACGCGUGCAGGCCGCACAGAACAACCAAGAACUCAGCGAGGCGUUUGAUCUGGUCGGCGUGUUCGAGGAGACGCAGGCGGCGCUGGAGGCUCGCCGCGACGCCCUGCAGAGUCCCGAGCGCCUGCGGGACCACGUCAUCGCCGUGGACGGAGACGUCACCACCAUGGCCCUCAAGUUUCAACGACGCGAAUAUCCUCCUCAGCUCACGCCCAAGAUGUUUCUGCUGGAGUGGAGCCGGCGACAAAAGUUGGAGCAGCCCACCUACCAAACUUGUGCGCACCCCCUCCAGGUGCAACGUGCGCAGGAUCGAGCCUUCCAGUCAACCGUGACGGUGGAAAACAGGAAGUACAGAUCCUCGCUCUGGGAGAAGUCAAAGAAGUUUGCCGAGCAGGCGUCCGCCGUGGUUUGUCUGCGCGCUCGCGGAAUUCCGGAGAGUCACGUCGGCCAGGAAAACGGCGGACGGCCGCAUAAAAGGAAGACUGAGGACGGCCGCGACGUCGGCCAAGAAAAGAGGACGAAACAAACGGGCGACGGCGAGCGGGAGACCGGCGGCUCGUGAGGACAAAACCUUUUGACUUUUAUUUUUCUUCCGACGUUUGGAAUCCCGGGGACGACACAAACACGACUCGCGGAUAUCUCUGCGAGCUUUUGAUUUUGUUGGAACGUUAUGUUGAGCUUUAGCCCGCGAGCGAGCUGCGCCUGCGGCCGACGGGGGGCAGCAUAAUUUUGUUCGGGACAAACUUGAGCGUUGAACGAGCAGAAAUUUACUGUAACGGUGAUCAAACGAGAGGAAUUUAUCUGAACAGUUCACUUAGAUUUUUAUGUCCAAAUCAUGUACAAACAUUUAGCUGCAUGUUGUUAAAUUUUCUUGAAAUCUUCGGAUUGUUUUAUUUUUCGUCUACUUUUUCUCUUGAUAAUAUGAUUAAACGGACACCUGUUGCGUUCAAGCCAAAAAGUUAACGUUGUCCAGUAGCUUCAUUUAGUUGAAAAGUUGAAGUAUUUUCUUCUUCAAACCUUUAUUGAACGUUCAAUUAGUUUAAGGCAAGUUGUAAGCGGAGGAGACGCCCAAGCGGUGAGUUCGAACUCAUGGUGAGUUCGAGCGCGUCGGGAAUCUUCGUAGACGUACAAUUUGAGUCGAACUGAAUGUGACUCGAGGCAGAAUUAAAAGUGCCAUAAGCAAACUUUACAUGUUUACAUUUAAUAUUUCCCAUAUAAUUUGCCAUUUCCAUUUUAAUUUUUUUGUAUUGCUUGAUUCCUUUGUUUGUACGGUGAACUUGAGUGGCGAGAAAGGUGCCUUGAACUCAAUUGAAUUAUUAUUAUAUUAUUACAUGACAUUCUACUUGCAAGUUUAAAUUGGAAUGAAGUGGGAAUAUGGUAAACAAGAACAAAACCAGACAUCGAUGCAGUGAAAUUGAGACCUCUGAUGAAAUCCAGAUGCAGUUAAUUGUGUUGUCUGGAAGACCAGAGCCGAUGAAUGGAGUCCAAAUGUCAUGUGACCCAUGGGCGUGUGCAUGACUAAAAAUGUGUGUGUGUGCACUUCAGUAAUACAUCCAUACUGUGAUUUACACUGACCUUUAACCCCUAACACCGCGCACGCAAAGAUCUGGACCGGAACCAGUUUGAAGCGGUUACAUUCAAGCUCAGUAGAAACUCCAAGAGGUGGAUCCAAACCCGUUUGCGCACACGACGCACGGUCACGUGAUCUAACGCGGACCACUUUGAUCUUGUGACUUGUCGCCUCUGCGUUUCUGACGUCACACUAACUUGAAGUCCUGUGAUUCCCCUCUGUGUCCACCAGAUGGCAAUGUCGUCAUUGUCAAGAUCAGGUUUUCCGGCUUUGUAGUCUGUAUCGUUGUUAUCGUUCAUCAUUUGCUCAAUAAUAGUAAAGUCACUUGU